AUGCAGCCUUACCAACCAUGCUGGCUGGUGUUCUUCUUCAGCUUGUAUCGGAGUUCCAUGAGCAAUUAUGUAGAAGCAAAGAAGAUCUUGCUUCCGAGUAGCUCAGAGCAAUCCGGGUCUGACGAUGUCUGGACCUUCAUUCUAACAGAUGCAGCCUUCAAGAGCGCUGAUAUUCAAGAAACACUGAGCAAGAUGGAUCUCAACGCCAUGGUGGCCGCCUGCUACGCCCUUCCAGUACUCGUCUCUGUGCUCACAGUCCGCUUCUUCUACGUGCUGUGGCACAGUGACCAACCAGCAUCAAGGCCACGCACCACCGGAUUGCGUUGUCUCAUCGUCCUUGGCUCCGGAGGGCAUACUGCAGAAAUGAUGAAUAUUGUAACAACACUUCAGAAGGAUAGGUUCACACCAAGAUACUAUGUGGCUGCACUUACUGACAACAUGAGUCUUCAAAAGGCACAGGUCUAUGAGCAAUCACUUAUUCAGGUGGAGGUGCUUGGUUUGGGAUGGUCCUCCAUUUUCUACAUUGAAAGCAUUGCAAGAGUGAAGAAGCUGUCAUUGAGUGGUUUGCUGCUGUACAAGCUACGGAUAGCUGACCAGUUCUUUGUGCAGUGGCCCCAGCUGCAGCAUGAGUAUCCCCGAGCAUGCUACGCUGGUCAUUUGAUGUAA